AAGAGGUUUCAGUCAAUGCAUGAUCUGACCAUUAGCGUGGAAUUCAGAGCUCGUAUGGUGACGAUCGACAAUAAGCCCAUCAAGCUUCAAAUUUGGAACACGGCUGGCCAAGAAUCGUUCUGGUCUAUCACGAGAUUGUAUUACAAGGGUGCUGCAGGGGCUUCACUUGUCUAUGACAUCACCAGGAGAAAAACCUUUAAUCAUCUGGCAAGCUGGUUGGAGGAUGCUAGGCAACAUGCCAACUCCAAUAUGACCAUCAUGUUAAUAGGAAACAAAUGUGACCUGGCUCCUAGAAGAGCAAUCAGCACUGAAGAAGGUGAACAAUUUGCCAAGGAGAAUGGCCUGGUGUUCAUGGAAACCUCCGCAAAAACGGCCCAUAAUGUUGAGGAUGCAUUCAUCAAGACCGCAGCCACGAUCUAUCAGAAAAUCGAGGAGGGAGUAUUUGAUGCUUCUGAUGAGUCUUUUGGUAUUAAGGUUGGGUACGGAGGGAUUCCUGGUACUGGCACUGGAUCUGCAGGCGGUGGUGCCGCUGUCCAAAGAAGUUGUUUUGGUUUCUCAGCUCACUACUUCAUCGCUCUUGUGAUGUGUCCUCGAAAACGAUCAGGUCUAUCACUGGGUCUUAUCAAUGUUAGAAGUACCGUGACCUGGCUGCCCAUUGCAUUUGCCUCUACGAAAAGCACAUACGAAGGGUCUCAUCCGUCGCAGCUGGGGUGA